AUGGAUGACUUCAGUAUCUCUAAUGGCCUUUCGCCUGCUGCGCAAAUGUCUUCCGAAUAUGCACCGAGGGCCCAACCUGUCGCAUUACCGAAAUCAAGUCUAGAAAGAUCCUUAAACGAGUACUAUUAUGAAAUUAGAGCGACCAUUGAAGGGAUGGCGAACGACAUCCUGCGACUUGGAAAUCCACGAUCUGGGCACAUCAUCACUCGAUUUGAACUUCAGCGCGUCCAAAUCGAUGUCACCGGUACCAUCUUUAAAUCUCACCCAUGUAUGGAUGCAUUCGAAGACGAAACCUCCGAAUUAAAUGCCAAUCAGCACCUAUACGCUCCCGUCAUCACGAUCCCUCUUCCAAUGAAAGUCCUGGCCACAGACAAGCGAGUUGGACUACUUAGAAACGCGCUAUUGUACGAUGAUAGCUGCGAGUUCAGGGGGCCUCAUGGCAUUCCGUUUCGGCGACAUCCAGUAUACCGCCAGUUUACUCUGGAAUUCGUUAAUCCAUAUUCUAAUUUGACAACAUCUUGUCGAAGCCUCUGGUGCCCAUCAACUAUGGUCUACCUCCCUGACCCAAGAACAAUAUUCAGCAGGGAGGAUACGGGGUUUAUUCUUCACGAUACAUGGGACGCGGCAGGUCUUCGGGACUGGGGUUCUCACUGCAAGAAGGCUCGUAAACUGCAGCGGAAGCAGGUUGGUUGUAUUGAAGGCGAGUGAAUAUUGGGACAAAAGCGCACUUAAAGAGGUGUCGGUUAGGAG